CCACAACCAGAAAAAAAUUUGAGUUUCCUCAGUCACGAGAAAAGUGGUCUGAUUCCUAUACUGAGAAAUCGCUCGUUCUAGGAGGUGCUAGAACUUGGGAACGCUGGUCUCUUCGUGAUUUUGGCAGACGCCUCUGCAGUGGGUCAACCUACUCGGCUGCACUUUCCCAGUUCUCAAGAAACUCGUUUGUUCUGGAUACUGUCCAGAAAACACAGUUGUCUCUUUGCAUGGCCACUUCAAUUAUACGAAGCCUAGUUCGACUGCAAGUCGAACGUCGAUAUCGAGUUUGUUCGAGGUUUGCAGGUAGGGUUCUGCAAAACUGGAUUCAGUUCCUGGAUCUAGUAAGGAGACUCCUGAGAGCAAACGUUGGUUCUAACAUCACGCUUCGGUGCAGUUCAAGGCCUCGGCUGCCUCCUUACCGGAAUUGAUACACCAAUUUGACGACAUUUCCUCUUUUUAAAUACUCUGUUUCUAUACAAUGCUUCGAUGAUCUAGUGUUUAAACGCAAACCACCCGUUUCUGCAAAUGUUUCGCAGUGUCGAAGGUCAUAUGCAAACCUUUGCAGAAGGUUAAUGGUGUUUCAUUCAGGUCAGUAGUUCUGAAGAGUGGUUGAAAGUGCUGUUGAAUCUCCUCCAUCCAUCGAGAAGGGUCAUAGAUGAAUGUAUCAAUCAUGAGUUGACACCUUCCUCCAGUCCGUGUUAUAGAAGGCAAACAUUCAAAGCUUGGAGUGGAAUCACUUCUCUUCAGAAUUCGACUGCAUGAGGUCAGGAACGUCGGAUUAUUGCCAUAGCUAGUGUCCAAUCGAAAAAUGAAAGUGUCUAGAGCUAACAUUUAUGUUCCGGACAACUUCUAUGAGAACAUGUGAUACUUGAUGCAAGAAGGCUGAGAAAGUUGAACUUUAGAUAGCUUUCCUGAGGAAUAAUCAUGGCUGGCUGAAUGCAGCUACACGUAGCAAGAAAGAGCACACAGGGAUCCUGUGUGCUUAGGAACAGGCCAACUCAGACGACAAGUUCAGCUUUGUUCAUCAAACUUGCCAAUAAAACUCACCUGUUUUCUCG